AUGGAGUCGCCUCCCUAUUCCCGUCCAGCUUCUCCUCUCGAGGUCUCGCCACUGUCAACGCUACCUCCCAAUCCCGAUUCCCCUCCACAAGCGACACCCCCACCACCUCCCACAACCACCUAUAAGCGAAAAAUCCGAUCAAAAUCUGUGCGACCCAUGUCCUCUGCCCCUCCUCUAUCCAAACGCAAAAAACCACCCACCCCAUUUUCAGAACCACCACCAAAAAACCCCAAAACCUCAGCCUCCACACAAGCCAAAUCACCCUCUUCCAGCAAAAAGCAAAUGUCAGCAGUAUCAUUGGUUUCAAAACUCCCUUGGUCUCUUCCUGACGCAGUUCAAAAGGCAGCUUUUAAGAGACUUAAGGAAAGAAAGGUGCAACCCACUAGCUUGUAG